AAAUGAGAAGAAGAUCCCGAUCAAUUUAAAUUCCCACCUAUAGCCGAGCAUUAUCAACAAAUUGAACCUCAUAGAAGCCAUGGCAAUCAUGAGCACUGCACGCUCUCGCACCACCAAGACAUCGUUUCUCCGUAUCGCUCUUCUCGCUUCGUCCAAGAGCUGGGCAAGACAUCAUUUUGCCUGGAAGAUUAAAUCUCUCGCCACCGUGCCGACCAAAUUCUCUGCAUCAUCUCUCACUUUGAACCAAUCGUUUCCUAAUCCUUACAAAACCAGUCUUCUUGGUGUAGCUUUUUCCAGGCAAGAGACUUCCAAUUGGCAGCUAAAGCUUAGAAGUCUCCACAGUUCGCAGAUGAAAUCUAAUCAACACAUGUACUAUGUUAAUCAUAAAAAAAUGGACUAUGUGGUAUCUGAUAAGUUCCCAAAAUUUAGUGGAAGAGGUUCUCACGAAAUUACAAAUAGCAGUGAUUAUACCCAUGAAAAUGGCAUCAUGUACACAGAUAUUAGAACAGGCCAAGAUCAAAGCCGUAUUGAAAUGGGUCGCAAGUUUGUUAUGGACUAUGCACUCUUUGGUGAGGAAAAGAACUACAUAUAUGGCGAAGAUGAAAAGGAGAUCACCUUAGAGAAACUUGGUACAGGAUUACGUGAAGGUAUUAAAGGCAUGAAGAGUCAAGGAAGAAGACUAAUUAUUGUGCCUCCAGAUCUUGCUGAUCAUCAGCAUGUGAAAAAAGAGGAGCACGCAAUUUACGAUGUGACAAUAAAAAAAAUUCAUCCUGAUCAAGGGCGGAACGUGUUCAAAUUCUUUAAUUAGGAGGUGGUGAGAAUACGAUGAAUUACGAAAAUGAGUGUCUGAAUAACUUUGCAUUUACAUUUGCAAGGUCUAUGCAGGUAUUAGGUCUAUCCAUGAUAAUAUGCGUCCUUUUUUUUUCUUCUUCUUUAUUAUGGUGUUUGUGUGAUUAAAUAAUUAUGUUACAUGUUAUCCAAAUAAAAGUCAGUCAGAUUGUCACCCUGUAACUUUCUCUUCACCUGCAUUUAAAAUCUUAAUCUCUUCUUCUGCAUCAUUUCAUUAA